CAUCCACCGCCCCCACCAAACUCCCCACCACGCACCCGCAAAGAUGAGCACCCCGCCGCCCACGCCGCCACCGACGCCUCCAGACUUGCAAACCCUAUCGGACGUCUUCCCCAGCUCCCGCAGCCCCUCACCCAGCUCCUCACGGCCCACCACACCCACACCCUCCUCCACGGCGACGGAAGCCCCCGACCUCCAAAAACUCCGGCAAACACACACGACGUUCGGCUACCGCGACGGCAUCAGCGUGUCCAAGUCACUGCACAUACAGAGCGGCUUCGAUGAGGGCUACCCGCUGGGCGGCCGGAUCGGGCUGCAGGUGGGCGGGAUCCUUGGCGCGCUCGCGGUUCUUGCUAGGAAGGGAGGGGACGCGGAGGCGAUGAGGGCGCUCAGGGAGGCGGAGACGGAGCUCGCGUUUGAUACGGUGUUUGGUGAGAGGUGGUGGGAUGUUAAUGGCGUUUGGAGGUGGGAGGUUGAGGAGGACGGGGAGGAUGGGUCCGCGGUGACGCUCGAUGAUGUGGUCGCGGCGUUUCCGCUGUUGACAAAGUGGAGGGGUAGGCUGUUAGAGUUACUGCAGAGGAGAGGGAUGAGGCGUGGGCUGCCUUGGGAGACGGGGGAGGGCGUGGGGGAUGUGGUGGGGAUGCUGGGGGAGACCAAGAUCUAGGUGGGUAGAAUGCCGGAUUGGUAUGGCCGGCGGUGGAGCAGUUUUUUGAUCAGCACAGCAUUCGCAUUUAGUAGAUCAUGGCUGAGUACAAAUCCGGUUCCACCCUACCUACUGUCAGCGGUGGAGCGGUGUAUGGUGGUAUGGUGUAUGGUGUACCUUAUGGGCGCGUCCUUUUCCCAUGAUCUGCCUACGCCAAUUGAAGAUGGACGAGCUAUACACUAGCACUACCGACGAACAGAGUAUCUCGCCCGCCAAAGUGACAGCAGCUGUAGAGUGACCGCCCAUGAACACGAGCCG